CUCUCUUUUAACCCAAAAAUAUUUGUUUCAUUCUUUGCCUUUGUCGCUUCUCCUUCUUCCUCCUCUUCAUCUUUACACUCAGUAUACUUCUGUUCUGUAAACUGUAGUUGAUAUUGUGUUCUUUUCUGGGGAAGUUUCUAUUUUGUGUCAGCGCACUUUGUUUUUGAGCCUACCAGCUUGCGAGAUCGAGACUUUGAGGUGUUAUUGGUUUAAAAAGAUUAUUAUUUUCACUCCCCAUGCUGUUUAUAAGCAGACCCUUUUAUUAAAGUCUCCAACUUUAUUCAUUAUUGAGGGUGUUCUUUGCUAUUGAUGAGACCAAUAUUUCUCUGAAUUUGAAGCAGUAUUUAUUAGUAGUAGAAUUUUCUGGUUCUUGGGUUUUCUCUGAGUUUAUGUUGGUUUGAUCUUCAAUGGGGAAAGUUAAUGCCUCGUAGUGGUGACUCUGCUGUGUGUGAACAGAGUUAGAGAAGUAUUGAAUGACUUACUGUGAAUCAGUGAGAGUGACUAUUGAUAUUUUUGGGAUCUGAAACUCAAGAGAAUUGAUUGGCUAAACAGUAAAAAGUGGGGCUUUUUCUUUAUCUAUUUCUAUUUUGGGGAAGUGUGAGGAUAGAUUUUUCCAGGAUAUUUUGGUGCUUAAGAUUUUAGCAGUUGUUGGUGAUUUUGGCUGUGGAGGAGUUUUAGCAUCUUCAGAUAAAAUUGAUGGCAUCUGCAGAAAUGGCUGAUCAGGAUCAAAGUGGAGAAAGCGGGGUGGACUCGAUCCGUUCCAGCAGGAACGGAAUUUCAUCAGAUGUGGGAGAAUCAUCAACAAGGAGCAUCCAGCUGAAAGAGCAGGUUGCUUCUGCAGAUGAAUUUGCUCCCAAGGCCAGGAAACCAUACACCAUCUCAAAGCAAAGGGAACGGUGGACAGAAGAAGAGCACAAAAAGUUCCUUGAGGCUAUAAAGCUGUAUGGUAGGGCAUGGAGGCGUAUACAAGAGCAUGUGGGCACAAAAACUGCAGUACAAAUAAGGAGCCAUGCUCAGAAGUUUUUCUCCAAGGUUGUUCGUGAAUCUAAUAAUGGUGAUGCAAGCUCUGUGAAACCCAUAGAGAUCCCUCCUCCUCGACCUAAAAGAAAACCGAUGCACCCUUAUCCACGCAAAUUGGCUACUCCAGUUAAAAGUGGAACCCUAGUUCCUGAGAAAUCGACAAGGUCGAUCUCACCUAAUAUGUCUAUGUCUGAACAAGAGAACCAAUCUCCUACUUCUGUGUUGUCUGCACAUGGUUCGGAUGCACUUGGCACGGCGGAUUCAAGUAAGCGCAGUGGUAGCGCAUCACCUGUUUCACCAGCUGGUGGUGGAAAAUCUGAUGGUUUUGUACUUUCUGAACCGCCCAAUUUCAUCCUACAAGAUAGCUCUUCGCUUGCCCAAGCAAAUGCUAGUACAAAUCCAGAAAACCAAGCUUGCAUGAAACUAGAGUUGCUUCCCCAAGAAGUUAAUUUUGUUAAAGAAGGCUCAGCUGAGACGUCUUCUACUCCACGUCUGAAGCUAUUUGGUAAAACUGUGCUAGUCACUGAAUCUCAGAGACCCCGUCCAACUUCUGGCACGUGCAAAAUAGAGACAAAAGUGAAUGAUGAAGCAGCAUUGCCAACAGCGUCUUGGAACUUAAUGCCAAUGAAAUUUACUGCUUCUGGUUCAGAUUGUGGGUCAAGUACCUUAACUAUGGGAACCUCACCACCAUUUUAUUACUCGCCAUCACAAAAUGAAAACCAAUGGCCUACUGGAUGUGCUUCUGCCACUCUUUUGCCAUGCGGAUCAUCAUGUGCAUCUGUUUCAUUUCCUUGCAUUCAAGUGCUUAAUCCAAUUCCAAUAAAGGGGCGUCCAUUCUUCAAUGACAAUGAUCUGGAAGAUAAACAAAAUCAGAAAGAAGGAUCUUCCACUGGCUCUAACACUGAACCAGUGAGUGCGGAAAUGGGUGGAGAUAAAAAUAUGGAUAUCGAAGCUCAGAGUAGCCAACAUCCACUAGAGAAGGCGAGGGAAGAAUUAUCCUCUAGACCUAGCGAAACCCCUAGCUUGGUGCGAAGAGCAAGUUCCACCAAGCGCGUUAAGGGCUUUGUUCCUUACAAGAGAUGCUUAGCAGAAAGGGGCACCAAUCCCUCAACACUAAGCGGUGAGGAAAGAGAAGAGCAGCGAACCCGCCUUUGCUUGUAGCUGGUUUCCUUCUGAUGUUUGCUUUAGCUCAUUAGCGUAGAUUUUCCAGUAGCAGGGGAGCAUCUGAUUUAGGUUUUGCGAAGUCCUAGAAUUGCAGUUGGGGAUCGUCUGACUCGAUCAGCACCGCUCCAACUGGCUUGGCUGGAAGAGGUUAUAAAGGACCUGAUUGAGAUCACACUUCUUUUGGCUUGGAGAAGAGUCUGAUGUACUUGGUAAUACUCGGUGAAUGCUUAAGAACUGGCCAGCAAACAAAGGGAUCUGAUGCUUGAAUUCUUAAAAAGAAAGGAAGCCUGGUAUGGAUUUUCAUUCUGCUAGAGCAAAGGCACAAAGUCAAGGAGGCUGCUAAGGUUGAGCCUUACUACUUUUAAAGAGUCAUAUUCAAUCACCCCUGAAAUAAAUGUCUGGACGAAGAGAAACAACAUAGUGGCAGAAAAUGUAGCUCUUCCUUGUAGUUUUGGCAGAAGCUGAGAAGCACAUCUUUAGUCUUUCCUAAUUUUCCCCCUCAAUUGUUCAAAUGUGUUCUCAUGAAUUUAAAUAUUGUAACUUCCUGCUCAUGAGCUUCUGCUCUUGUAGAAUUACUAUUGCCAAGUUGCGGAUGCGUCUCAUGUAUGAUUUUUGCCUGUGGAAUUCACUCAUUAUAUAUAGUUGCUGUAUCAGCUGAAACUGUGGAUUGCAAGUGUUCAGCUUCAAGUUUGCUGUGCAAGAGUUGGUUGUCAUUUUGGGGACCAGACCAAGUUAAAGUUUUGCACUCUCUUUUGAACUUCAACGUUUAGGCAAUGAUUGGUAUCAAUCAGUUUUGCUCCAGUUUGUUCACCUUCAUUAAUCAUAACUGCAGAUGUUUUUAGUAGCAGGGUGAGCAUCUGAUUCAGGUCCUGUAUAAUCCUAAAAUAUCAGGGAUCCUAAUUUUGCCAUCAGUUGUUCAAAUCUGUGCUCAUGAACUUAAUCUUGUAGCUUCUCUUAUUGAUGAGCUUUUGCUCUGGUAAUACAACUAUUUCAUUA